GUUAAAUGCAGACGUCGCCAAUUAACAAAACCAUUACAGCCGGAAAAGCGGCCUCUUAAAGUCGAGCCACCUCAAAGUUUUAAGGCAGUCAGUCUUCGAGACCCUGACCAGUUUCGCCUCCGCGUAAGCCUGGCCUUGAAGAUCAGGUUCAAACAAAUUGAAGCUGCGUCUCCCAGCCAUUCUAGUCAUUCAACUCUGCCGUUUGUGCUAGUCAUUCGUUCUCAAAAGUUGACAGCCCAACCUGCCCGACCAGUUUGGCCUCAUUUCGCCUCUUCGCACUGUCGCAUUUCCGCCGAAUCGUCUGGCCUCAUGUCUUGA